AUGCAAUUCAAAGAGGCCAAGUUUAACGCAGAGUUGGAGCUAGCAAGAGAAAAGUUAGCACAGAAGGAGAAAGAGAAUCAGGAGAUUUGUGAGAAACUGAUGCAGCUGCAAAGUUUGAACCUCAGUCUGGAGAAAGAUCUGGAACAAGCCAACAAGAACUCAUGCAAACAUGAGUCUGAACGUCAGGAGGCUUGUGAGAAAUUGAUGGAACAAAAACUGUUAGAGACGAAAGCGUUCGACGAUCACCUCGAGGAGUUGAGCGUUUACAAGGACGGUUUCAAACAACAGGUGGAAGCUCGCAGACGUUUGGAGCAACAAGUAAGCGAGGCCGCCCCCCAGAAGAAGCCGUCUAUGUGUGAAACGCAGACGCAAACGGUGGCCAGUGCGGAGAUGCUAACAAAUCUAAAAGCCGUGAAGGUUGAGACCUCUACCUCCAAUGUACCAACGCAGAAUCUGGAUCAAACAACAAGGGCCUUGUUUGAGAAACCACAGACGAGUGCAGAUGAGUCCAGACCUCAGCGUUGGAAGGAUGACUGCACAGAGCUCAAGAAAAAUGUGAAAAAGCUAACAGAAUUAUUUGAAAGUAAACUUGAGCAGGACACGCAGAAGCAGGGGCCCGAGCUGCAGAGGAACCGCGUCAAGGGGAAGAGCGUUUCGGCGCUGAUGAAAAAGUUUGAGUUUUAA